AUGUUUAGGCGUAUAGUAGCAGUCCCUAGUUCGUGGAGUAGCCUCCAAUUGUUUAGCACUAGCGCUGUCCGCAGCAGCAACGGGCUAGCAGCUAUACUGGAGCAGGUAUCGGCAAAGAAAAGUGCACCGAGGGAAGCGAAGACGCCGAGCAAGUAUGCUGACCGCAAGCCGCAGCACUCUUCGCCCGUUCGCAAGAAGAAGGUGUUUGUGCGGUGGACCACUGGCUCAGAAAAGGCGCGCGAGAUAGCGAACACAGUUGUGUCGGAGGUGCUGAGCAUCCGCAGCGACGGACGUCUCCGCCUCAUCUUGCCUGAAGAAAACCGCAUCCAGGAGCUAUCCAUGCAGGACGUCGCGCGCCAGCUGGACCUCGAGGUCCACAGCCUGCGAUUCAUCAAGAGCGAGACGGACGCCGGCGGCCGGCCGCUGCCGCUUGUCAAACGGGUGUCAGUGCGCGAAGCCUUCAGAGUGCACGCGGAGCGCAUGGCCGCAGAGCGCGAGAAGGAGCUGCUUCGGAAGGGCGUAUCCGCCCGCCGUGUAGGCGCUAAGGAGCGCCGCGCGCCAGAUAGCAAGCAAGUGCGCAUUUCGUGGCAGAUCUCGCCGACGGAUUUCUCCAACCAGAAGUCAAAAGAAAUCCGCGGCCAUCUGGAGCGCGGCCACACGGUACUGGUGCUGCUUGCAAACAAAGACGCCUCAGGCCCCGCCCCCCAGGUUUCACCGCGCGAGCUACAGCGCCGCAGCUCCCUCCUAGAUGAGCUUGCCGCCAUCCUCGAGGACAUCAACUGCUCAGUCGUACGCUCCGGCGACCCUGCGUCCCGCGUCGAGCUGAAGCUGGUGCCAAAGGCCCCACAGGAAGUUGACCGCCAUGCGUUGAAAGAGCAGCGCCGCCUACAGCGCGCUGAGAAGCUGAAACGCCGCCUCGAACGCCGCGGCCCCGCUUCAGCCCAAGAAUGA